GGUACUUUUAAAUCCGGCACGUCCUGUUUAACUUGGACAGACCUCCAUGUCGUCGUGGAGCGACAAUGGCCGACAAAAUGGACAAUCUCAGUAUGCGCAAGAGCUCAGUGGGGAAUACAGCAGACGCAGACCUCGAUCCGAAGCAGAAUGAGGCUGCGCUGCCCGGGGAGCUCAUCUCUGCUGGCUCGCAGCACCUCCAUCGACGACUGGGCGGGAAGGAAAUCCAGCUACUUGCUGUCGGCGGUGCUAUUGGAACUUCCCUCUUUGUGCAGAUGGGAGCUGCCCUGCCCAAGGGUGGACCAGCGGGCUUGUUCCUGGGGUUUGUCAUAUACGGCACCAUUAUCCUCUCGGUCAAUCAGUGCUUUGGUGCUGAAAUGGUUACCUAUCUGCCUAUCGCAUCGCCAUUUGUCCGAUUGUCAGGGUUCUGGGUCGACGAUGCCCUGAGCUUUGCCAUGGGAUGGAACUACUUCUUUCUGAUGGCAUUCAAUAUUCCAUACGAAGUAACGGCCAUCCACGUCCUCUUGACAUUUUGGACUGAUAAAAUCCCGGUUGGCGCGGUAGUUGCAGUUUGUCUCGUCAUUUACGCUGUGUUGAACGGUUUAACCGUCAAAUACUUUGGUAUCUCCGAAUUCUACAUGUCCAUUUUCAAGAUACUUCUCAUGCUCGGAUUGAUGCUGUACACCUUUAUUACGAUGGUGGGCGGGAAUCCAGACAAGGAUCCCUAUGGCUUCCGCUACUGGAAAGACCCUGGGUCAUUCGUCUCGUAUCUUGUUCCUGGCGACACCGGACGCUUUCUUGGGUUGUUGUCCUGUAUCAUUCAGGGAUCCUUCACGAUGGUCGGCCCGGAAUUCAUCUCCAUGGCCGCUGGAGAGGCCGAGAACCCUCGUCGUCUCAUCAGCAGGGCAUUCGUCUCGUUUGUAUGGCGUCUUAUGUUCUUCUUUAUCGGCGGCGCCCUCUGUGUGGGCAUCGUCAUACCCUACGAUGACCCACUACUAGCGGCAGCAACCUCGAGCGACAGCAGCAGUAGUGGAACUGGCGCUGCCUCACCCUAUGUCAUCUCGAUGAUAAACUUCGGGAUCAAAGGUGUUCCAGACCUGGUGAACGCCCUAAUCAUGACUUCUGUGCUCUCCGCCGGAAACAAUGUCAUCUUCUCUGCAGCCAGAACCCUCCAUGGAAUGGCCUUGGAUGGCAAAGCACCGCCUUUCUUUGCCAAAUGCAACAAAUAUGGCCUUCCAUAUUACGCUGUAAUCACUGCCCUGUGCUUCUGCCUACUAUCCCUCCUGCAAAUGGGACAAUCCUCUUCAACAGUCCUGGAUUGGUUCGUAGGGAUCUGCACUGCCUCUUACCUGCUAAAUUAUAUAGGCACAGUGAUUACAUACCUGCAUUUCUACUACACCAUGGAGAAACAGGGAGUCGAUCGCAGCACCCUGCCAUAUACCGGAUACCUCCAGCCCUACGCAGCAUGGUACGCACUAGCCGGUACACUCAUCAUUACACUCGUUCUCGGAUAUGAUGUUUUCAUUUCCGGCCAGUGGGAUAUAACCACCUUCUUUACAAGCUAUACCAUGGUCGGAUUCUUUAUAGUUGCCUUUGUAUUCUGGAAGAUUGUCAAGCGCACGACGUACGUCAGGAUCGGCACUGCGGAUCUCAAACUCGGUUCUACCAAGGACGAUAUUGAUCUGUAUGAGGCUCUGUAUGAGAAGCCGAGGAGGGGGAAGGUGCUUGGCUAUUUGAAUUCCUGGUUCGAGUAGCUUGCUUUAUUGAUACUGUCGUUUUGUAGUGUAUUUCAGUUCACCUGGUCUACCGGAGGGAUGUGAGGGCUUAGAUUGUUGGUAGAUGCGGCGUAUGGGCUCCUUGUUGUAUUGUAGUAUUCCAAUUGCGACACCUUUAUAUAUUGUACCUCCCAGCUUCGGUAUGGCAUGUAGCUUGCGUGAAAUCAUGUUAAACAAUGCAAAUGUCCACAUAGCUCGCGAAAUCAAUGAGCCUUCCCAAACUAAGGACCGUGUUACGCCGCUGUAGUAGGCUCGAGUGGCUUCUGUCCAUAUGCCACGACACUGUAAACAAUCAGCCACCAUUCACCAAUGGUAAAAGGGACAUACAUAGAC